AUGCUUGCUGUAGAGGACGGCCUGUUGUACUUUUCUAAAAACCAAAUGCUUGUCACGUACAGACUUGAUUUUACUACCUCAGCAAAGAAAGAAGAAGAAAUGUCUGAGCUGGAGAAGGUACGGAAUGAGCUGUACGGUGAUGAGAAGUACCUGGUGAAAGUUGAUGAAUACGAAUAUUCCAGUACUAUAACAGCAAUGGUUUUGCUAAAACAUAAGUUGGUGAUUGGAACAGCUGAGGGAAAGCUCUUUUUCAACCAAAAUCAGGUUUUGGCUCUCGAUGCACAGAUCUCUGCGCUGUUCUACAACGAGCCAUUUCUGGUCAUUGCUACGAAUGCCGGGUUGAUCCAGAUAUACAGCAAUAAGCAUAUAUGCUUCCAAUACUGGCACAGAUCGCCGGUUAAUCAAAUUGCGUUCACCAAUCUCAUUUAUCUACACGAUGGCAACAGCAGGUUGGUUGUGAUAGAUCCUGUGCUGAGUCUCAGCAAAUUACAGCGAAAUUUGGGUGAUGCUAGCGGCCAAAAUGAUGAGCUAUGCAUCGAUAAAACACAUGGUGCUGUGUCCGGCCAAAAAAAGAGAGAGGAGCAGUUCGAUAACCUCAAUUUUCCAUUUCACUUUUUUGACAAGUAUCUUUUUAUCUCGGAUGACAACAUACUCUACACCAAAACGGUUAACAACUUCAGUUCGCUUAUAAAACUUGAUGAGAAGAUCGUGGACUUUACUUUCAGCACCAAUGGCGGCAUUCUCUUCCUAUUGGAAGAAGGCAGGAUUAAAAUAGUGGAUUUUUGCGAGCAGGAAGUUAUUCGAGAGAUUAGAAUAUACAGAGGUGAUGCUGGCCGUAUUUUGUAUCAUAAUAACGCUUUAUUGUAUGGUAAAGAUAAAUUGAACAUUAUCAAGGAUGUGCUAGACACUGCGGAGCAGGCGAAAAAGAUGAAAGAGAUUGUUUUGCAGGAGAAUAGGUUCUACGUGCGCAGAAAGACAGAAAACGUUCCUUCGAGCAGCGAGGAUGAAGAGCUAAGGGAUCUUUUCCAUAAGCAGGAAAGGCGAAAUACUGACAAGCGAGGCGAGCACGCAAAUGAUGAAAUAUCUGCUGAAGAAGAGUACGGUGAGGAACACGCAAUGAAUGAUACUGCGUCGGAUAGACAGGUAGUGGUUACGAAAGAAAGCCAUGUGUGGACGUCCGGCCGGGUACAUGAAAACAAUGUCAUACUCUUGAGUUACAAUGAAACGGGGUUUUUACUGUGUAAACAGGACGUAUCUGUGAAUCUGAUUGAACUUGUGUUCCACGAUCACAUGAUCAGCAACAAGAUCAUUCACUGCAAACUGAAAAGCGAUAAAGGAUGCUUUGAUGCUGAUGGUGUGCUUCUGAGCACACAAACGAUCUUGACAUACUAUGAGGAUACCAAGAAAUGGGAACUUGACAUUUCUGCGGUUGAAGGCCUUAAAGGUAAAAAAAUAAAAUUUCUAGGACUGUCCGAGCAUGUGUAUGUUGUUGUUGAGAGUGCAGCAUACGAUAGCUUAAUUGUUCUGUGCAAGGAAGGAAAGAUAAGGGAUGUGUACGAUCUGCCACGUGCCAAUACAUUUGUGGUAAAACACGGGGUUAUCCUGAUAGUAUCAAGCAAUCAGCUUUUCAUCUACGGCAAUGGGCAUGUCAGGACCGUUGAUUUAAUUGGAGCAGUAAAUUUUUUGUGCGUUGAUAGCAGGAAACGGAUAUAUUACGCAAAUUCAGAGUACAUUUAUAGGUUAGAGAAUUCGAUGUCAAAGAGAUUGAUUCAGUACACGAACAAAACCAUUCUUUGCUACCAUGAUAACACAUUUAUAGCGCUUAACAAGCUCUUUCCGGUUCCUGAUGUAGAGUAUCUCAGGGUAGAAGAAAAAACUGAGAAUGAAAUAAGAAAGGAACCAAAAACAACCUAUAGUAACGCGCAGGAGAACCAUAACAGGUUUGAAAAUGUUCCUAAACGCGUUCGAAAAUAUAAUCCGUUGCAAAAGCAUUAAAUGUUUGUUGUGAGCUCA